GGUGCCGUAUAACUAGGGUUGUUAAUGAGCCGAAUCGAGUUUUGUCUUGUUCAUGCUCGGCUUGUUUAUAAACGAGCCGAGUCGAAUACGAGCCAGCUCAUUUAUUAAAUCUUAACACAUCGUUAAGAUCGAAAGUUCGGAUCGAGCUCAACUCUAAGAUAAUUUAUAAUAUAAAUACCCUAAUAUUUAUAUGUCAUAUGUGAAACAAGUGAUUACCUAAUGUUAUGUCAUAUAUGAGACGUAUUUGCUUACAUAUACUCAAUGUAUUAAACACCAUAUAAGGUGAUAUAUAUAUAAUUUAAUAAUUAUAUGCAUCAUUAACAAACCAACUCAUAAAAUAUAGAUUGAUUUUCUCAUAAGCUGUAGUCGAGUUAGCUCUCUAGUCACAAUGUUGGGACAUCUCAAAACGAGACAGUUCAUGAAUUGUAUUAAACGAGCCACCUAAUCGAGCUAGUUCACGAGCUUCACAAGCCGAACAAGGUAGAGCUCAAGCUCGGCUCGUUUAUUAACGAGCCGAGCUUUUUUUUUAAUUGAACGAGAUUUUAUCGAGUUCAAAACCGAGCGCUCACGAAUAGCUCGACUCAUUAACAGUCCUACGUAUAAACCUAACAGUAUCCAGCAAUCAAUCUCUUAUUCUCCAUCUUAAACUUGAUCUCUUGUGUUCUUAAAGUGAUAUCGACUUCUAACAACAAAUUUCAUAAGCAAUUGACAAAAAUCACCAUAGACCUCUUCUUAAUUGCUUCUAUCGCCCUCAUCUCGAUGUGCUGUGUCAUUAUCAAGUGUUUACUUGUAGAACUUGAUCGUUGGAAUGGUCACUCUCGUAUCAAGAAAUUGAUUACUGUCUUUAAUUUUGUCCUGCAGAUCCUCAUGAAAUUUUGUAAUGGACAGUUAAAAGAAUUUAGCAUAUAAUUAACCAUUUGAAUUGAAGGAAGAGUUCAUAUAUAAAAUAAAUAAGUCAGCUCAGGACUCAAAUCAAUCAUACUCAGAGGACUAAUAAUUAGGUCCCUGAAAUGAUGGACUGUUGGGUAGGAGAGGCGGGAACGGCUACGGUGCUAAUUGUACAAUAGUUAGCACCGUCCUAACCAAGCGAAAAACUACUACUAGUUUGAAUUAGUAGUGAUUUAGUUUAGAUGUUGUAUUGAUUUUAUAAUAAUCCGUAGUGAUUUUUGCGAGUUAUCACGGUGCUAACCCCUAUAAGGGUUAGCACCUAAUCCCAUCCCUAGGAGAGGCAGGAUUGUGGAACAUGUUAGAUAAAUAGUGACAAUCUAGUCCAACCAACUAAAUCUGAAAGGCAAAUUGAUAUUCAAUUGAGAGUAUGACAGUUCUAAGGAUGACAAAAUCAUCCUAACCAUCUUAAUCUAUAGCAUUGGGUUAAAUUAGUUUGGUUAAUAUUCUUAGUUGAUUCGGUUUAAGUGGUUUGGUAUGGUUAAGGAUCCUGAUAACCCGUCAGAACCAAUUUUCUCCUGCUUGAUAAAAAGGUAUAAAUCUUUCAUGUUGCUCACAUUCAAUAUAUAAUAACUAGCCAUUCAUAAAAUAAAAUAAAUUAGUAGAAGAAAAAAAAAAAGAUUUUGAGCCAAAUUGAGUGUUGAAAUGGAAAAUUUAGUAGUAUUUGUGAAACCAUAUCGUAUCGAUGGUCCAACCAGAUAUCGGAGCUCAAGUCGAUAAGUCGGAAGUUAGAAUAUCAAGCGGAAUUGAGUAGGAAUGAGUUGGAUAAGUACUUAAAAACGAAAAGUUAGAAUACCCUCAUUGAUUGGGUUGGGGGCAGUCGGGUACCAUGGACAUGGGUAGCAAUGGCAAUGGGAUAGGUUUGGGGCAGGUUUGUCUAAACCAUCCUCAUUCCCGUUUUUGAAUAUACAAACUUGUACCCGUCCCAUACUCAUGCGGGGAAGAUUUUGUAAACCCAUCACCAUACCCGUGAAUAAUACUUUUCCCCUACAUUUUACAUUAUUAUACUUAAGAAUUUACAUAUAAAUUUUAAAUUAUAACACUAAGCGAACCUACUAUAACAAUAAGUCAAGAAAGAUAUUAUCAUUUUUAAUACGGUUCAAAUCAUAUGAUCAUAUAACAUCAAUUAACUAUGAUAAUAUUUUCCAAAUUAUUAUUCUCUAACUAUGAUACAUAUACUGAGUAAUAAUUAACUAACUUAAUUAUCUUGUUAACUAGAGGGACAAGUGAAAGAAUGGAGCCAGAAAUGAGGGAAAGGAGUUUGAUUUUGAUUUGGAUGAUCAUUCAAUUAUAUUUCUAUUAUUUAUUUUAUUACACUAUUAUUGAUAUGUUACAAUUUGAUACAUAUAUUUUUUAUAUGAGAAAUAAAUAUUUUUUAUGGGACCGAUAUAAGUAUGGGGUGGAGAAAAACCUCCGACUCCGAAUCUCUCUCUCUCACACCAUUUCCCCUCCGGGGAUCUCCGCCAUGGAUCGGAGCCCAAAGCAGCAGCGGAGCAUCUCUUCCGACGAACCGACGCUCUUCCCUGACGAGGUCCUGGAGCGGGUCCUGGCCCUGCUCGAGUCCCCCAAGGACCGCACGCCGUCUCCCCGGAGAUCGUCGCCCGCCGGUUCCCCAGGAUCCGGAGCGUCACGCUCAAGGGGAAGCCCAGAUUCUCCGACUUCAACCUCGUCCCGGACAACUAGGGCGCCGACGUCCGCCCCUGGCUCCUGCUCUUCGCCUCCAAGCAUCCUUUCCUCCAGGAGCUCCGGCUCAAGAGAAUGAGGGUCACCGACGAGAGCUUGGAGUUUUUGGCUCUCAGCUUCCCUAAUUUCAAAGCUGUCUCUCCACAGCUGCGACGGAUUCAGCACCGCCGUCGCCGCUCAUUGCAAGUAAGCUUCAACCCGAUUUCAAUUCCAGAUCCGAGCUGCUCUGCUUCGUUAAUUUUGCGAUUCUUCGUUUCGUUCAAUUUUCCGGGAAAAUGUCGAGAGAGAAGAAAACCUUUUUCUGUUUGGCUGCAGUUAAUCCUAUUCCCUCCUCUCGUUUCUUCACUUUUUUGUCCUCGGAUUAAAAAAAAAUGUUUGGUUUCCUUUUUCUGAGAUGUGACGUAUGGCCCUAAAUAAUGUGCAUUAAUAAUAAUGAAUCAUGGCAUGUACUUGAUGUCAUUCUCUUGACAAAUAUCACAAAAAAACUUCCUCCCUCUCUUGAAGAAAAACCAUUGUUGCCCUGAUAGUAGUUAUAAUAAUGCUAUCAUUCGUCAUUAUGGCCUAAUACAUGUGGAAAUAAUUACAGUUCCAUCAUAUUCGAUCUUUUUUAAUUGUCUUGGUACAGAGUUUAGUAUCCAAGGUGCUGCAUCCCGGAUGAAUUAAUCAUGAUUACGAAUCAAAUUUCCAAUUUGCUGAGUUGGGCUGUUGCUUUUGCUUUUUCUCAGGAAUCUGACUGAGCUGGACAUACAAGAGAACGGGAUCGAGGACACGAGUGGGGAAUGACUGGGGCUGCUUUCCUGACAACUUCAACACAUUGGAAAAACAGAGUGACCGAGCUUCACCGUGCUUUGUGCAAAAACAGAGUGACGUUGCUUCACCGUGCUUCGUUACAAAACUGAGGAUUGGUUUGGCGGCAACUCCAUGAAAGUGAUCAGGAAGCUAUCAACUAGGGACAAGCAGGGCUGAAAUCCCAUCAAGUAACCACGGCCAUGCCAUUGCGAGCCAAGUCUUCUGCAUCUUGUUGUAUCUCUGUUCUAGCAUUGAAAUCCAGAAGAAGAGAAGCAACCCACAUCCUCGCUAGCUAGCCGCGAUCCAGUUGCUGCCUAAGGUAAAUGCAGACCCAUCAUCAUCAUCAUGGGAGUGUCACCAAAUACAGGCCAUGGCUAACCAUGAAUUGCAACCACAAACAUGGUUUCUGGUGGGAAGCCGUCGUUUGGUUGAUUGAGAUUAGUUUGGGGAGCUGGGUGGGUGGCUGGCUGAAGGAGAAGGUUGGUUGAUUUUGUUAGGUCCAAAGGCGUUGGCAAAGAAUGAGCCACGAAAUGGUGGGGAUGUGAAGUGUCAGUCUCCCUCCCUUUCUCACUAGAAAACACAAACCCUGCUGCUGCUGCUGCUCGGCUUUUUGUUGUACAUUAUUUUGCUUUCAUGUAUGCCGGCCGGAUUGAACAGGGAUAUGUUAGUUUGGAUGGAUCAAUCUAGAAAUGAGUCAAUUUGAUCAAUUUUCUCGUUUUAUAAACGACGCAAUUAAAACGAGUCAAUUCGAAUUACCUGCCCCACUCCAGGUAAUUGAAAUUGACUCAAAAUGGCUGGCUGACAAACGAGACAAUUUGGUAUAAUUAUCUCAAAACGAGAUCAAUUGUCCCGUUAUAAUUUCUCAUCCAAACGAAUAGUUUUUUCAUAUCGUCCAUUGAAAUUUGGGGAGGGGAAAGGGGUAAAUUAUGUUUUCGUUCUUUGGAUAACAUGGCCGGCCAUGUGGUAACCUAUCCAUGGUGUCCCCUGCUGGCGAGCAUGAGGUUUUUAUUUUAUUUUAUUAUAGGCACUAGAUGUUAGAACUUGGAGCUAUUUUCUAACCAUGGUAGGCUGUCUUCCUUUUUUUUAUUCUAGUGUCAGUGUCUUUUUGCUACUUGAAGUAUUAGAAACUUUUAUGUUUGUAGUUCGGUUGUUUGAAUUCAAAACUUCUAGUACGAGUAAAACUCGAACUUGAAAGAUUUUAUAAUGGAUAUGAGUAAAGUUCGAAUUCAAAUAUUAUGGGUAGUGAGUGGGCAACGUUUUCCUUGCUAUCUAACUCGAAUCCGUCGAUUAUUUACAUGCAUAUGUGUUUUGUUUAAAAAUUAUCAACAUAUAUUAUAUUUAUCAUACAUAUAUAAUUGUUUUUAUUAAAUUGAAUUAAUUUUA